AUGUCUGAAAGCAGUUCAUUUUUGAAGGGUGUAAUUCUGGGAAGCAUUUUCUGGGCCUUGAUCAAAAUGCUAGGACACGUUAGGAUGGGCUAUGGAAACAGAAUGUACCACCAUGAUCAUCACCACCUACGAGCUCCUAAUAAAGAAGAGACCUUGAAAUGGUCAGAGAGUGAGCAACGCGUGGAGCUCAGUCAGAGCGUCCGGGUGUACUGUAUCAUCCUCGUGAAACCCAAAGAUGUGAGUCUGUGGGCUGCACUGAGGGAGACUUGGACCAAACACUGUGACAAAGCAGAGUUCUUCAGUUCUGAACGUGUUAAAGUGUUUGAGUCAGUUAACAUGGACACAGAUGACCCAUGGUUAAUGAUGAGAAAAGCUUACAAAUACGCCCUUGAUGAAUAUGGAGACCAUUACAACUGGUUCUUCCUUGCGCACCUCACCACGUUUGCUAUUAUUGAAAACUUAAAGUAUUUUUUGUUAAAAAAGGACCCAUCACAACCUUUCUAUCUAGGCCACACGGUAAAAUCUGGAGACCUUGAUUAUGUGGAUGUGGAAGGAGGAAUUGUCUUAAGUAUCGAAUCAAUGAAAAGACUUAGCCUGAAAAAAGUCUCUGAAAUGUGUCCUGAGCAGGGAGGCAUGAUUUGGACGCUUUCUGAAGAUAAGCAGCUAGCAGACUGCCUGAGAUAUGCUGGAGUGUUUGCCGAAAAUGCAGAAGAUUCUGAAGGAAAAGAUGUAUUUAAUACCAAACCUCUUAGGCUCUUUAUUGAAGAGGCAAUGACUAAUCAGCCCACCCUGGUAGUAGAAGGAUGUUGUUCAGAUAUGGCUGUUACUUUUAAUGGACUGACUGCUAAUGAGAUGCAUGUGAUGAUGUAUGGGGUAUACCGUCUUAGGGCAUUUGGGCAUAUUUUCACUGAUGCUUUGGUUUUCUUACCUCCAAAUGGUUCUGACAGUGACUGA